GUCUACCGACAGCUCCCACACAGGACUGGAUGCUCAUAGACACAGUCCAGACAGGGCAGUAGUAGUGGCUCAUGGGGAGGGCAGAGCGAGGGAAAUCUCUCCCAUAAAUAUGAAUGGUUUGGACCUGAUGAGGGACGCUGUACUGGUCGAUGGCCAUGUAGGAGACGGAGGGAAGGUGGAUACAGGGCUCGACGUGGACCUGUCCCCCGCUCACAGAACUGGGACGGAGGAGGCCAUGCUUCAGGAGAGCUCUACAGAUGAGAAGAAGAUGGAGGGAGGGAGUGAGGAGGUGAUGGUGCAGGUCUCCACUGAACAGAAGCUGUAUAAGAUUGCCAACGAGCUUCUGCUCACAGAGAGGGCCUAUGUUGCUCGCCUUCACCUGCUAGACCAGGUGUUCUGUGCCCGGCUGACUCAGGAGGCCGGUAAAGGCUUGUUCCCUGUAGAUGUGGUGAGGACCAUCUUCUCCAACAUCUCCUCCAUCCACACCUUCCACAGCCAGUUCCUACUGCCAGACCUGGAGACGCACAUGGGCCAAUGGUCUGUGAGCCCUCGUCUGGGUGAUGUCAUGCAGCAGCAUGCUCCCUUCCUCAGGAUGUAUGCUGAGUACGUGAUGAGCUUCAACCACGCCAUGGAGCUGCUUAGAGUCUGGACGGAGAGGUCCGCACCAUUCAGGAACGUCAUACAGGAUAUACAGAGUCAGGAGGUGUGUGGUAGUCUGACCCUGCAGCACCACAUGUUGGAGCCGGUCCAGAGACUACCUCGUUAUGAGAUGCUGCUGAGAGACUACCUCAAGAGACUGCCUGAUGAUGACUCAGACCACAGUCAUGCAGAGAAGUCUCUGCAGGUCAUCUCCAUGGCAGCAACGCACUCCAACAGUGCCAUCCGCCAAUCAGAGAAUCUGAAGAAGCUGCUGGAGAUCUACGAGAUGUUGGGGGGGGAGGAGGAGGACGUGAUGAACCCCUCCAAUGAGUUCAUCCGGGAGGGACGCAUCCUGAUGCUGGCUGCCAGGCACUCCGCCAUGGAGCGACACCUCUUCCUGUUAAACAACAUGCUGCUGUGCUGCACUCCUCGGUUCAGCCUGGGGGGGCAGCGCUUCACCGUGCGGACACGGAUUGACGUGGAGGGCAUGACGGUGCAGCGCACCACCAACGAGCACCACCCCUACACCUUCCAGGUAUCUGGCAAGGAGAGGACCCUGGAGAGGACCCUGGACCUACAGGCCAGCUCUGAACAAGACGAAAAGGACUGGAUAAAGGCUUUUCAGGACACCAUUGAUGUUUUCCGGCAGAAGAAUGAGACUUUUAAGUCAGCUUCUAAAGAAGUAGAGGUAUCUACGGAGGAGCUGGGUCGGCGUGCCCCUCGAUGGAUCUGGGACAAUGAGGUGACCAUGUGUAUGAAGUGUAGCGAACCCUUCAACGCCCUCACCCGAUGGAAACACCACUGCAGAGCCUGUGGCUGUGUGGUGUGUUGGAGGUGUUCAGACAACAAAGUAACUCUGGAGUACGAUGGCAACAAGGUGAACAAGGUGUGUCUAGACUGCCACUCCGCCCUGACCCUCCGGGCCAACAGAGGGGAGAGGGGAGAGGGCAAGGAGGGGGGGAAUUCUAGAGCUUCCACACCCCACCUCCCCAUUUCCAUCCCUACCCUUUCCCCAGGAUCUGAAGGCCUUGUCUAGGGUCCCCUUGCAGGGGACAGGUGACUGCGAUGGUCAAUGAAAAUGGGAUGGUGGUUAAUGGGAUGACAACGCCAUGGUUGGCAACGGCAAGGGGACUUUCAUCAAUGGCAACGGAAGUGUCACUGAUAAUGGUUACGGGAGUGUCUCCAAUAGAAACGGGAUGGCUGUCAAUGACAGUGAGGAGGCUCGCUUGAACAGCCUCAGUGUUCACACACUAUCCCCAAGUGUCUGUACUUGUGUUCAGUGUUAUGACCUUAAUGAGAUAGUGAGCUCCAACAGUAUUGGGACAGUGACAAUGUUAAAGUGCAGACGGGGGGACACGUUUAGAAAUUACAGCACUUUUUGUACAUAGUCUCCCCCCAUUUUAGGGGACCAAAAGUAUUGGGACAAAUUCACUUAUGGGUAUUAAAGUAGUACAAAGUAUUUGGUCCCAUAUUCCUAGCACACAAAGAUGACAUUAAGCUUGUGACUCUACAUCCUUGUUGGAUGCAUUUGCUGUUUGUUUUGGUUGUUUCUGAUUAUUUUGUUCCCAAUAGAAAUGUAUGGUACAUAACGUAUUGUGUAGUUUUGGGGUUACUUGUAUUGUAAAUAAGCAUAUAAUAUGUUUCUAAAUACUUCUACAUGAAUGUGAAUGCCAAUACAGAUAAGUGAAUUUGUCCCAAUACUUUUGGUCCCCUAAAAUGGGGGGGACUAUAUACAAAAGGUGCUGUAAUUUCUAAAUGUUGGAUGAAAAUUCCCUCAUUAAAGCUAACAGUCUACACUUUAAUCCCAUAGUCAUUGUAUCAUUUGAAAACCAAAGUACAGAGCCAAAAUGUCACUGUACUUUUCUAGCUCUGUAUACCGUAAUGAGAUGUAUUUUGUAUAGAAACUCGAUGUAAGAGUGUUCUGGCUAUUCCCCAUCUGGAUCAGAAAAUCAAGUAACCUUCUAGUUUGUAUUUGAAAUGAUUUACCUUUUGAAAAAAAAUAAAGUUAAA